GGUGUGUUUUGGGGAAAAAAAGGCCAGGGCAAGCAGAAGGAGGAACCGAGACCUCUACGUGAAGCUGAGUUUCUUCACGGGCGUUCUGAUUGCUAUGCGAUAUGUGAACUAAGGCGCUUUAAGAUACGCGAUAUUUCUCAAGGCGCGACCAGAUCGUAACUUGGUGACGCUGAGACAGCUUCGGCGGAACAGCUAAACACCGGGAUUCACUUCUGUCUACACAAUGUAGUGUUAAGUACCAAGAGGAAAAUCCCGAAACUUUACAACCUGAACCGGGAAAGUGCUGCUGAAACUACCCAGUACUUCUCCUUUUUUUUAACGCGCAUAUCUUUGUUUCUUUCCAUUCUGUCACGGUGAAACUAAAACCAGCUUGCGAGACUCGUUUGUCCGACUCGCCCAGUUUCACGCCUGCGCAGCAUGUCUCUUUGGAAAAAGGUGCACCUGAAAGUCAUCCUGCUAGGGAACUCGGGAGUUGGCAAGUCAUCCUUCAUGAACCAAUAUGUGAACCAUCGCUUCACCAACAUGUACAGAGCAACCAUUGGAGCAGAUUUCUUGACAAAAGAAGUCAAUGUGGAUGAGAGGAAUGUGGUGCUGCAGAUUUGGGACACAGCUGGGACGGAGCGUUUCCAGUCACUCGGUGUGGCUUUGUACCGAGGAGCGGAUUGCUGCCUGCUUAUGUUUGAUGUCACUUCAGCCGCGUCCUUCCAAGCCCUGGACACCUGGAAGAAAGAGUUUGCAAUUCAGGCAGAUCCCGUAGAACCUGACAAAUUUCCUUUUGUAGUUAUUGGUAAUAAAACGGACUUGGAUCACCGGGAGGUUUCCAUGAGGCAGGCCCAGGACUGGUGCCGGCAGAACAACGCACUGUACUUUGAGGCGAGUGCCAAAGAGGCCAUCAAUGUGGAGAAAGCCUUCCAGGGGGCAGUGCGGGUGUCCCUUCAAUAUCACAAGGACAACAAAAUGGACAUGCCUUCUGAACACUUUCAACUUACCUCUGAUCAAACAAGCCAAGCAUCUUCCUCGAAGUGUACGUGUUGAGCCUCACCGUGUGCUUCUGACCUGUUGGAUGUUAUGAGCAGGAAGAGAGCGAACGGACAAAGAAACCUGACAAACUGCCAAAGCCGUGGCCCCAGCAGAUGUUCAUCACUUUGCUGUUCUUUCUCAAUGUCCUGUUUGUUCGAAAAUCAAAACGUGUGGCACACGCGUGACUGACUGCGGGUGACAGGCCUCAUAAUGGGGUGUCACACAGACGUGACAAUUCACAACAUGGAUUCUGCUUAGCUGUGUCGAGAACAAUUAUGUUUUACCUUCUGAAUUAUUCCAACUGGUUACAAACCCUUUUUUUCUUUCAUUUUAAAAUGAAGUACAACCAAUAAACUGUAAAUAAAUAGUGAAUCUGCA